GCUUUAUUAUUCUAUGGUCUAUGCCUUUGCUCUUUGCUUCGUCUUCUGGACUUCAUGUGUUUUUCUUCGGAUUUACUCGGAUUCUCUGUCUACUUAGCCCUGCUUUACCAGAACGGUGAAAAUAUGGAGGGAUAAGAGUGGUGUUCCUAAUAUAUUUUAUCUCCUUUUAUCAGUGUAAACCAUUCAGACAUUACAAUGAACUCAGUUUCUAAACAGUUGUUCAGCUUCCUGAACCGGCUUCCACAAUGCACAACCCCAGCGACUGUGGCAGGGUUUCUUAGGUUCCACAAUGGGUGCCCCUCAUUGGCAGAAACUGCCGUGAAAAAUGAAACACAAGAACCUGCUUCUAGAGGCUUGACAUCAGUGGUUGACAAAGUGGACUCAUAUGAACCUGAUAAAUUGUACAAAUUAAUUGAAUUAGAAAUGAGAGCAAACCAGAAACAAAUCCUUAACAGUUAUGUGGUAUUUUUGAAAAUGGCAGCUGACGGGCUAGGUAUCGAAGUUGGCAAAGUAUGGGGCCCCGACAAAGCACAUCACCAAAGGUACACUAUUUUACGUUCUGCAUUUGUUCAUAAGAGAUGUCGGGUUCAAUAUGAAUAUAGAACCUACCACCGGUACAUGAGCUUCCUUAAACUGACAGGUUCAACAGCCGACACAUUUCUUGAAUAUAUUGAGAGGAAUCUGCCCGAGGGACUUGGCCUGAAGGUCACGAAGGUUGCUGUCGAACCUGUGCCGGAACAUUUAGUGCCAGGAAAAAGUGAAGAAGUUGAAGAAAGUUCAUCUUGAAAACAAUGAUUGUUGCUUUUGUAAGUUGAAUGAAGCCUAUUCAUGGGAGUUUUGUUAUCAGGAUAGUUAAAGCUGCCACGAAACUCCAACAUUGGUUUUUUUCUUAAUUGGUAAGAAAGAAGUGUAGAAAUUGAGUAUAAAGUGCAUAAAAAUCUCUGGUCUCUUUGUAAAUAUGUAACAGUUUUUAGCAAAUAAAAGGAGUUUAAAGUUUGAAACCA